AUGUUCAAUCUCUCUCUCUCUCUCUCUCUCUCUCUCUCUCUCUCUCUCUCUCUCUCUCUCUCUCUUAAUGCUAUAUAUACUCUAUCUGAAGUUUUUACACUAUCUAUCUAUCUAUCUAUCUAUCUAUCUAUCUAUCUAUCUAUCUAUCGAAUUUGCUUAGAACUUUUUGAACAACCUUCGUAUCUAUCUAUCUAUCUAUCUAUCUAUCUAUCUAUCUAUCUAUCUAUUUCAGCCUGUUCCUUAUCUAUCUAUCUAUCUAUCUAUCUAUACAUAUCUAUCUAUUUUAUGCUGUUCAUAUCUAUCUCAUUCUGGUUCUAUCUAUCUAUCUAUCUAUCUAUCUAUCUAUUUAGCUAUCUAUCUAGCUAUCUCAGUCUGCUCAUAUCUAUCUAUCUAUCUAUCUAUCUAUCUAUCUCCGACUUUUCAUAUAUGACUUGCCACUAUGUAUCUAUAUAUGUAUCUCGUUCUUUUCCUAUCUAUCUAUCUAUGUAUCUAUCUAUCAUCAUCUAUUUUCAUCUAUUUUUUAUAGACUCCCUCUUUUUUUUUACCGUAUAUUUCAAUUUUUCUGUCCGCCCCCCAACCUUAAGCGGACAUCCGUGUCCAUUUUUCACUUUCUUUUUUCACUUUUUCUCUCUUAUUUUAAGCAUCCCAAAUCUCUGUCGCUGCGUAUAUGUGUACAUGUUUACUAAUAUCUGUCUCUCUCUCUCUCCCCUCUCCUUCUUUUUUUUUUUUCACCGUAUAUUUCAAUUUUUCUGCCCCCCUCCAACCUUAAGCGGACAUCCGUGUCCAUUUUUCACUUUCUUUUUUCACUUUUUCUCUCUUACUUUAAGCAUCCCAAAUCUCUGUCGCUGCAAAUACAUUCAUCCAAUCAAAAUAUAUCCAACUACUUCUCCCUCUCUCUCUCACUCUCUCUCACUCUCUCUCUUUCUUUUUCUUUCUCUUCCUUUCUUUUUCUCUCUUCUCUUUUUCUUUCUCUUUUUCUUUAUCUCUUUCUCUCUCUCUUUCUUUCUUUCUUUAUUUAUCUCUCAUCAUAAAGCAAGGCGCACCUGGUCUUCACAUGUAGAAUUUAUCUCGCUCAUAUCUAUCUAUCUAUCUAUCUAUCUAUCUAAUUCUGUUCAUAUCUAUCUAUCUAUCUAUCUAUCUAUCUAUCUAUCUAUCUAUCUAUCUGAGUCUGUUCAUUAUCUAUCUGACUCUGUUCAUAUCUAUCUAUCUAUCUAUCUAUCUAUCUAUCUAUCUAUCUAUCUAUCUAUCUAUCUGAGUCUGUUCAUAUCUAUCUAUCUAUCUAUCUAUCUAUCUGACUGA